AUGAGCGGCGCGCCGCUCCUGAAUCCACCGGCGGCGGGGCAGCAACCAAUGGCACAACAAGGAAUUGGCGGCGGCGUCACUCCUCGUCAGCUUGGCCGUGCGGCGACUAAUCCUUCCGUCACUCCACCACGCGUAGGGCCACCUUCCCCGCCGUCUGAUUUUACCGGCGAAAGCACUGACGGUGGCAACGACUCGCCGGCCGGUAGCAGAGAUUUAAAUGGAAAAGAACGACAACGCUAUGUGGUGAGAACUGAGGGGCGUUGCUGA